UUGUCUGCUCCACUUCAGUGUACCUGGUGCUUACAUGGUCCGAAAUGUCAUUUACAGGUCGUCACGUGGAUCUCUCGAGUCAUUGAUCGCAUAUGUUCGGCCGCUGGGCUUGAUCCUCGGCUCACCGAGAAACUCACCCAAGUUAUCCCAGGAUUUGUCGCUGUUCACAUUGAUAAUCUUGAGCAAGUCUAUGCAGAGAGUCGGAAGCUCGCCCCUCCACCGAAGGUGUCACAUACUGUUACAUACUGCAUAAAAAUUCUUGGGGACUAUAACUACCUUUUCCAGUCGAAACUCUUAACACCAGUACUACUGACUCCAUGCGAACGUGUAAUCGUCGGUGGUCUGCGUUGUACAAUGCUCCCGGAAGGACGUCCUAUAAAUGCAGAUAAUCCCGAGAACAGUCUGAGUAUGCUUCCAGCUGAAGGAGCUCUAUUUCUUACCAACUACCGUAUAAUUUUUAAAGGGCGGCCGACGAAUCCGUUCCUGGCUGACGAUGUCGUAGUCAGGUCUGUACCGGUGAUGACGUUAACAAAGGAGAAGCCCAUAAAUGAUCGAAAUUUACACUCUGGUGGUCAGCUUCAUGGCAUCCCUUCGAAGGUAUCGGUUUGA